AUGGUUCUCGCCAUGCUGGGGGCUCUGCACCCCAGGGCUGGGUUCAGCCUCUUGCUUCUCCACCUGAUCCUGGCAGUGGCACUCCUCCGCUCCCAGCCUCUGAGGUCUCAGUGGUCUGUUCCUGAGGACUACUCUGCUCCCCUGGAACUCUCGCAGCCAUUUGGCCUGGUGGAUGACUAUGGGGUCCUCCCCAAGCACCCGUGGCUACGACGGCCGAGGCCCCUCCUCUCCCAGGCCCAGCAGCGCAAGCAGGACGGGCCAGACUUGGCUGAGUAUGACUAUGACGCAGACAUGUGA